GCCAUCGCUAUAAGAAAGGCAGUUUGGUACUCUCCAAAAGCUUGAUUCAAAAUCGCUUUUCGCUUUGCCCAUUUCCUAUUGAUCUUGGCAGCCACUGAAGAGGCGAAAGGAAAGAAAGCAGAAUGGGGACUAGGAGUUGUGCAGGUGAGCACGGAGGGAGGAAGGGAAAGAAGAACAGCUCAGAGAGGCCGAAGCAGCCACAGAGGGGCCUUGGUGUUGCGCAACUAGAGAAGAUGAGGAUGAGUGGCCAAAUGGGUCUUUAUCAAUUGCCUUCAUUUCAUGUUCCCUUUGAUUUAAAUCAACAAGACGAAACAAUGAGCAGAAGUCCAGUUUAUUUUUCAUCACCACCACCAUCGUUAUCGUCAUCACCAUCAACAGCAGCACACGGCUACCUCCCUAAGAAUAUGGUGGGUAUGAAGGAUCAUGAAGGAAUUAGGUAUUAUGACUUCCAAUCCGAAGCUGCAAAAAGCAGAUCCAUUUACAGUAACAAUUCUCUGCAAUACCAACCUUCUACAUCAUCCGACAUGGUUGCGACAUGCUUACAACUGCCCAUGGAGAGGUUACCGAGGCACCAGGGAAAGGAUUCGGGAAGCUUGGGAAGCGAGAGCACCUAUUCGGAGGAUGUGCAUGAUAUCGAUCUAAAUCUGAAGCUUUGGAUCUGAGCCAAGCCUCGGCAGAUGUGCAACAAACGUGACUGGCUACUUGAGAAAAAAAUUCUGCAAGAUUCUUCACUGAGCUCCUGUGGCCUGCGAGAGUGGGCAUACAAGAACACGGAGGGAUGUAUGUGUCAUAGCAGGUUCAGUUGAUCAGUGCAGUAAUAUUUUCCCCACUUAGCAGCAGAAAUUCAGUAGUAUUUUCCGCGCUUCUAUUCGUUGCUGGCUAUAUGAGAUCUAGCCCAUCCACUGGCUGCCAUGUUUAAUGCAUAAAUUCGUGAUGUUUGAUGCAAAAUUUGCUUGGUUGAUUUGCACUAAUCUUAUUAUGUAUGUUAAGUG